AUGGAUUUAUUGGAAAUCAAUGAUCUGCGACUGCGCACAGGAAUUGGUUUCAGUCAGCACGAAGUAGGCAAACUUCAAGAAAUUGUUGUCACUAUUCAACUCAAGAUUUCAAGAAAAGCUGGUAAAUCUGAUUGCGUCGAAGAUUGCUUAAACAAUAGAACUUUGACAAAAGAUAUUAUUUCUCUUGUUGAAAAUAAGAAAUACAAUCUUAUUGAAGCAAUAGCCGAAGAUAUCGCUCGUGUUUGUGUUCAGAAACACGGCGCUCCCUGGGCGAAAGUGAAAGUACAGAAGCCAAAUGCUUUAAGAUUCGCGGAAUAUUCUGCAGUUAGCGUUGAAAGAUGUUCAGAAGAUUACAAAUGGGAAAACGUGCAUUUACUUAUUGGUUCUAACAUCUCUCCUGAAGAAAAUAUUGCCAAAGUAAUUGCAUUGCUAAAAGAAAAACUUGAAGGGCUCAAACUUUCCAGAGCAUUCCGAACACCACCAGUUGGUUACGGUUACGAAGAACAAGAUGACUUUAUCAAUAUGGCUGUUCUUGGGAAAACUAACCACGAUCCAGUAUCGUAAGUUCACUGAACGAUUUAGAUUCUUCUAACAACGUAGCAACCUAAAAUGAUCGUUGUUUGUGAUACCUGCGACUCAUUCCUUUGUUCAAUUUUGUAUUUGUUUCAUUGUUCUCAUAAACCAAUCAAAAAACUUGUUCAUUAGUCGAUUUCACAAAACUUUUUCCCAAAUGUUUCAAACUUCGUUCUGCCGCAAGUUCAACAUUUCGUUGCGAAGUUCAGAAUUUCAUUUUGAAAUCACGAGGCGGUUAAUUCUAAACAAAGCGUCUGAUUAGUCUGCCUAUCCUAGAAAUCAGUUUCUCGGUCAUUAAUGGUCAUGUCUCAACACUCUUCGGCCUUCGCGCCCUCGCUAGACUCCUUGUGUGUUCCUCCUUGAAAUUUCAUGUAAGAAUUUUAAAACGACAAUGAGGCUCUGCGGAGGAGGUUACACGUUAUAGAAGCUUAUGCAAGGAAGUCGACAACGCGAAGACGACGACCAUGAAUACAAUGACAUUAACUAACCGUAUAGCACAAAACCGAUGAAUAAUUAAAAGUCUAGCAGGGGUUUUAGACGUCGCCCAAGGCCGUCCAAAGCUCUACCGACAACGGUAAAAUACAUGUUUUCACGUCUCGUACAGUAGUUUUUUCUAACAGAGGUUAUCAAAAUUGCUAUGAAGGAUAAAGCUCUGUGUUACGCUUUCGAAACUGUUUUAUAUUCAUACGAAAAUAAAUACAAGGAACGAUUUCCAUACAACUGUUUAUUUCAAACACUUUUGUUUAGUCGUCGUCCUGACGUCGCCGUCUUACAUCUGUAAGCUCGCUAUUAUAUUUGUUCAGUAUUUCCAGGGAACCCACGUUGUUUAAGUCAAGCGCUUACAACGUUUUAAAUAUUAAAUUAACCUUUUUAUUCUGUAUUUUCAAAAUCUCCCCUUAAAUCCUUAUUGAAGGUUAAAGAAGAUUCUUCGCAAGCUUGAAACGCAACUAGGAAGUGUUCCGGGAAAUAAAAACGUUCCCAGAACAAUCGACAUCGACAUUGCAUUGUGGGGUGAGAACACGAUACAGUUCAAAAUGACAUCAGAAGAUAUCUCGUAUGUUAUCCCUGAUCCUGAUAUACUCAGCCUAGCUCACGUGAUUAUACCACUUGCUGAUCUCACUCCAGAUUUUAUGCAUCCAGUGGAGAAGAAAUCUUUAAGCUCAAUAGCAGUGGAACUUUGUGGCAAAAAUUUCACGUCGUAUUUUCCGAUCGUCGAUAUAUAUGACGCAAACAACAAAGAAUUAACAAACGGCGAUUUUUCUGCGUUCGCGGAUAGCCUUUCUGUGCUGCUCUAG